AUGACUUCGACAAUCCGUGUACUAAUUGUGGGAGCGGGUGCUGUAGGCUGUUUUUACGCAUCCCGACUUCAUCCUGGUUCUGGGGCUUCCACAGUUGAAGUGUCACUCGUGUGUCGAUCCAAUUACCGAGCAAUAGCAGAACGUGGUGUAAUCCUUAGGACGAGGUCAUUCGGAGACUACACCUUCACUCCGAAACAUGUCUUUGCAUCAGUCUCAGAUGCAUCGAAACACAAGGAGCCUUGGGACUACAUAGUAGUCACAACCAAGGCUCUUCCCGACGUAUCGGACGAUUCAGAAGUCAUUCAGCCUCUGGUAACGAUACGCAAAUCGGCUAUUGUUCUCAUUCAGAAUGGGGUUGGGGUUGAAGAACCAUACCGCAAACGGUUCCCACAGAAUCCAAUUUUGUCCGCUGUUACUGUGAUCUCAGCCGAACAGAUUGAGCCUGGCGUCAUAGUCCAGAACCGCUGGACGCGUAUUAGUAUAGGUCCUUAUACCGACGGAAUUGGCAAGGACGAAAAGCCAGAAUAUAACCGGCUGUUUGUUCAAUUACUGAAGAAUGGAGGGGUGAAAGAUGCCGAAGAAUAUAGUGAGAAUGAUCUUCAAAUGGUUAGGUGGCACAAGAUUGCGAUCAACGCAUCAAUGAACCCAAGUUCGGUGUUAUCCAAUGGAACUGGCAAUGCGAGGAUGUCAAAGGAUCUGGAGCUCCGACACCAUCUACGCGAGACAAUGCUAGAGGUAUUCCGUGCUGCUGAAGCUGUUUUGGGGCGCCCUAUCCCUUCACAUUUGGCACCAGCGGACAAGAUUCUUACAAGCACGGAAAGGAACACAGGUGGAAAGCCAAGUAUGUUAUUAGACUGGGAACGUGGCGCCACGAUGGAACUAGAGGUCAUCCUUGGUAACCCAAUCCGCCUGGCCAAGGCUAAAGGAGUAGAUAUGCCCAGGCUGCAGACGAUGUAUGCGCUUCUCAAGAUGGCUCAGACACGAAGGGACGAGAAGAAAAGCAAGAAUAAAGCGAAAUUGUGA